UUCAAAGUCCAGAUGCAUUGCAUCAGAGGCAGAGAGUACCCACUGCACACAGUCUAGAAACAGAAGUGCAUAAAACUGUCAACUACUUCAAGCCAAAUCAGGGCAAUACUAACUUGUAAGUAUUGGACUGCAGUUAUCUCCCCCAGCCGCCACAAUGACGUUCCAGAGGUUGCUGUUUGCCCUGGGGCUUCUCCUGUCUGUCUCCCUGUGUGCCCACAGCCAGUCUGCAGCGGUCAAGCAGCGCUACCAAAAGUUUGUCACCCAACACAUCAACGGCAACAUGAACGAGUACAUCUGCGACAAAGAGAUGCGCUCGCGCAAGAUCACUCAGACCGACAGCAACGACUGCAAGGUGACCAACACUUUCAUCCAGGCCUCGGGACAACUGGUGAAGCGCAUCUGCGGCGAGGCGGGCACACAUUACCGUGGCAACCUCUUCAAGAGUAACCAGCCCUUUCCUAUCAUCAGCUGCACACACCGCGGCGGGGCGCGCUACCCCAAGUGCGAGUACCGCGGCCACAAGAGCACACGCUACAUCGCUAUCGCCUGUGAAGACGGCUGGCCAGUGCACUACGAGGACGACGACCUGGUCAUUGUCCAGCAGUGACCCACUGCAUUGGGACUUUGUCUUAAUAAAUCCCUACUCCAAUCCCA